AUUGACAUUGACAGUAUUUAUAUUCUGCAUCCCACAUUUUGAGGUUAGAUAAUCCACAGAAAAUACAAUAAAUUGGGCAUCAAAAAGUUAAAAUAAACUAACAAAAUGCCGUUCAUGAAAGGGAGAGCGCCGAUUCGUCGCACAUUAAACUAUCUAAACGCCGGAAAACUCGUUUUGAAAGACAAAAUCAAGAUAUUUUCCGUCGCAUACAACAUUGCGGGGCAGAAUAACGCUGGUGCAAAGGAUUUCGUGUUCUGGUACUUACCUCAGAUACAGUACAAGAAUCCUAACGUGCAGGUCGCGACCUUGAAGAAUCUAACGCCUUCACCAUUCAUUAAGUGUUACUUCGAAGAUGGUCGGCAAGUUUUGAUAGAUAUAGAUAAUAAGUCAAAGGAAGAUGUUUUAGAGCAUUUAAUGAAUACUGUGGGGAAGAGUAAGGAGGUGUUGGAAGCGGAGGCGGUGGCUGCGGAGAAGAAGGAUAACCCGGCGAACUUUGGUGUGGGUUGUGAGCGCGCUUGUAUGUGUGAGAACUACGGACAAGUCCCCUGCUCCGGUGUAGUGACAUUGCCUAAAUUUAUGAGAGGGAAAUACAAGAAUCCGGCCAAUUAGUUUAGUAUAGUGAUUGAGAUAUGUUGGAAAUGCUUAUUCAUAUUUUGAAAAAAGAACAUAAUAUGUAAAUAAAUAAAUUGAGUCGCGUAACUUCAAACUCAGGUAUAUCGGGAUCGGAUUUUGCGAUUUUAGUAUUAAGAAAAGGUAAUAUGGUAGAUUUGUUGAGAGGGUAGAAUGGAUUUACCCGAGUUUGAAGUUAAGCAACACAAUUGUAGAUGUCUAAAAAACACAAAAACAAUAUUUUAAAUUCUGUAAAAUGAUUAAAAUUUUAAAACCUUUGCAUUUUAUGAAGAAGCAUUUUCAAUAAGGUAAUGUAAGUAUUUUAGUAAUUCAAUAGAUAAUUUUAUUGUACAUUUAGUGAAAAACUUAAUCUCAA